AUGUCUACAUCAGAUUGUAUGCAACCUCAAACAUCUUCUGAUGAAGCAAUAUCCUUGGACCAUAUAUGUAAUGUGAAUAUAAAUAAGUUGAUUUCUGAUGUUGAUCGUCUUGUCGUAAAGCUCAAGGAAAAUAAUGAGUUCGCCAAUGUCAUAAAUGCUUCUACUACGCUACGUGAUAUUGUUCGCCAAGCUAAUGAGGGUCAUAUGUCUUUGAAACGAUUGGAUUCCUCGUCUGCAUACAACUUUGACUCUGUUCCAAUGGAAUCCAAGCCUAGUUGUACUUAUCAGUUACGAGAACUUGAUGCUGAAAAUCGACAUUUGAGAAGUCUGUACGAGGAUAGUCAGCUUACCCUUUUCCUGCUUAUGCAAAAACACAGAAAGUUAAUAUUGGGAUUGUGUGAGGAGAAGAAGAACGAUGUACUCGAUCCCAUGAGUGAAAUCAGAAUCUUGAAUGACAAAUUGAUCGACAAAGAAUAUAAGCAAAACUGCGAAAAAUUCGUUGACGUUGCCGUGGGGCUGAACGAAAUUGUGAAAAACGAAGAGCAAAAACGUAAAGUUGUUGAACAGGAAAUCGACGAUUUGACAAUGAAAAAUGCUAUUUUGCGAGAAUUGUUAAAUGCCGAAGAUCCUCGGAAUAUCGAUGUAAAUGCCUUGAUAGACAAGAUUGAAAACAAGAUCUUGUAG